UUUUUGGUUUCAAUAGAUCUCAAUAAUAUUUUUGCCAAGUCGCCCUAAUAAUUCGAUCUGGUAGCCUUACAUGACGAAAACGGUCACAGUGGAAUGGUGAAAAUUCCGAUUGCCAAGAGCGAAAAUACGUGAUGAUUAGGAAGCAGAGAAGUAAUUCGAGCAUAUUUGAUUUUGUAUUCAAGUACGACGAACAUUGUAAAAACACAAAGAAUUUAUAGCAAAAAAAGAACUUAAAAGCCUUUAUUAAAAUUAAAUCUUCGUAAUUUUUACGUAAUUGUUACGGUUACGUUAACGUUAAUAAAAAAAAAAAACAAAGUUGAUCUUUGCAAAUUUUUGCAACUGUGAAAAACUGUUGAAAGUUAAAUAUAAAUCGUGUAAGCUGCUUCGGAGUCAGCGAACUGCAGCCGUGUAUCUCCGUUCCAUCGAGUGCACCGCCUACGUAACUGAACAUCACCAACAUAUCAAGCUUUUCUGUUUUGCUUUGAAAUCGCUGUUAACCACACCUCGAGUAGCUAAAGUACAUAUCUGCCGCAUUUUUCAUCAUGGUCGACCGUCUGGUUAAUUCGGAGGCCAACUCCCGUCGCAUUGCAAUGGUUGAGAGCUGCUUUGGUAGCUCCGGAGUACCGUUAGCAAUACCAGGUCGCGUGCUAGUUGGCGAAGGUGUUCUCACCAAAAUGUGUCGCAAGCGUCCGAAGUCAAGACAAUUCUUCCUUUUCAAUGACAUUUUGGUCUACGGCAAUAUCGUAAUUGGAAAGAAGAAAUACAACAAACAACACAUUAUGCCAUUGGAAGAGGUGUCACUAGAAUCGUUAGAAGAUAAUGGUCAAUAUCGAAAUGGUUGGCUAAUACGCACUACCACCAAAUCGUUUGUUGUUUUCGCAGCUACAAGCACUGAAAAACAGGAAUGGAUGGCACACAUCAACAAGUGUGUAGAAGAUUUGUUGCGAAAGAGUGGCAAAAAGCCAGUAGAGAAUCAUGCUGCUGUUUGGGUGCCCGACGCGGAAGCCACCCAUUGUAUGCAUUGUAAGAAAACCCAAUUUACGAUGAUCGUCCGUCGCCACCAUUGCCGUAAUUGCGGUGCUGUAGUGUGCGGGCCUUGUUCGUCUAAGAAAUUUCUAUUGCCUCAGCAAAGCUCUAAGCCGGUGCGUGUGUGUACUGCUUGUUAUGAUCGCCUCUCCAAGGUAGUCAAAAUAGAAUCAUCCAAAACGACAAUUGGAAAUACUGGUGGAAAUCAAGUGACAGCAUCUUCUGCGCCCAUUGAAGGUAAUGGCGCUGGCGCCGUAGCGAAAUUAGCUGACAGCUCUGGUGAUGAUGAUUCGGAUGAAGAAGGUGCUGGCGCAGCUAACGAAACGCACGAUGAACCCCGUUUUUACGGUGACACAACGUUGUCGGCUGAUGAGUCUACGGCAUCAUCCGCGGCGCUUAAUUCCGGCCACACACCCAGUGUUAACAAUUGAUGCGUGCAGUCAACGACGACGACGACGAUGGUGGGGGGCUUGUUAGACGACGAAGGCGAAGGCGGACGGAGGAGUAUAUACCGUCAGGCUGUCACAAGUAGAGAUGGGUGUGACGUUAUGCAGCGAAACAAACAACAAAAACAAAAUUAUAAAAUUAAGCAACAACAACAAACGGAACAAAC